AUGGCAUCCAGUGAAAACCUUUCAACUCUUCCGGUCCUCUACUUCGAGCGCCCGCGUGACUUCUACCCAGAUCAUUUUGAUGUUGACAGUUGCUCAAAUCGCAGUGCUUACGCCUUUAUUCCAUGGUCAGCAGGUCCAAGGAACUGCAUCGGCCAGAGAUUCGCUGUGAUGGAGGAAAAGAUCCUUUUAGCACGACUCGUUCGUCAAUUUCGCUUCCGUGCUACCAUGACCUUCAAGGAGAAUCGUGGAUUGCCUGAAAUGAUCCUCAGGCCAAGCAACGGCAUUCCUCUGAUCAUCGAAAAACGGACCGAAUGA